AUGGCAGAAGCGGCGCGCAACCAGCUGUAUCUCACCUUCAAGAAUCUACUCGCCUCUGGCAACUUCUCCGAUCUCACUGUGACCUGCGGCCCCGACUCGUACAAGGUUCACAAGAAUGUUGUGUGUUCCCGCGCGGAGUUCUUUUCUCGCGCUGUCAAGUUCGGAGGCAAGGAGACUGAGCAAGGCAGUGUCGAUCUCCCAGAAGACGAACCCGCUAUUGUCAAGUUGAUGAUGCAGUACAUCUACCAAGGCGAAUACGAUCCUGCUCUUCCCGACAACGAGCUGAGCGGUUCCACGAAAAUCACAGUACCCCCGACUCCCACACCACCGCACAAGAAAUCGCGGACAGCGAGACAGCUAUUCCUGAUGAUCCACGCUAAGCUCUAUGAAAUCGCCGACAAAUACGACGUGGUAGGCCUAAAAGAGCUGGUGAUUGAGAAGUUCAAGCGAGCUUGCCACAGCUUCUGGAACGAUCCCUCUUUCGCAAACGCGGCUCACCACGUUUUCUCUACUACUCCUGAACACGAUAAAGGUCUGAGGGACAUUGUGUCGAAGACCAUCGCGGAACACAUGGCCGAGCUUGUGAAGAAGCCUGAGGUUGAAGCUUUGCUUACCGAGUUCAAUGGACUGGCCUUUGGCUUGCUCAAGAUGAAGACGGAGGCUGGUUGGAAGUGA